AUGUUGAAUUAUGUCAAUAAAAUAUCUAUGAAACCAUUAAUGUCUAGAACUAGACAAUUCUCGACAAGUGUUUUGUUGCAAACCAAAGAAUCAGAUUCAAAAGCUGAAAAAGAAAAAUCUGCGCGAAUGAAACAGUUUCAUAAAAAACUGAAAUUGCAGCCGAUACCAAGAGUUCCUCCUAAAGAACGUUUCGUGGAUUUGGUAUUAGUAGAAACUGAUCCAAACAAUGGUGAACUAAUAACGAAUAGCGAAAAAGAUCCAACAAAGUGGGGAGACUGGCAAAAUGGUGGACGGGUGAGCGACUUCUAAAUCGGAAACUGCAUUUCG